AUGCACAGAUAUGAAAUAGGCGCAAGUCUGGGCGAGGGGGCCUUCGGACAAGUGCGCCAAGCCAAACACAAGGAAACAGGAGAAAAGGUCGCAAUCAAGACGCUCAAAGAUAAAUGCAGAGAUUUCAACACUAUGAUGAGAUUACCGGAAGUCAAGGCGCUCCGAGCCAUUUCCCAUGAAAAUAUUGUCAAGUGCAAGGAGCUCCUUCUGGACCGCAAAGGCUACGUCCACAUGGUCUUUGAGCUCGUAGAGGGCGGAAAUCUCGAAGCCUUCAAUCGCAAACACAGGGGAAGCCCUCUCACCGAACUACACAUCCGCUCCAUCUUCUAUCAACUCCUGCGUGCCAUAAGCUACAUGCAUUCUAUGCGUCACAUGCAUCGCGAUAUCAAGCCCGAGAACAUUUUACUUCAGUCCAACGGAGCAACUGAUAACAUCAAGAUCAAGGUGGCCGACCUAGGCCUAACAAAAUUCUGUGAAAGUGCCAAACCCCGUCCACAUACCACAUACGUGGCGACACGAUGGUAUCGAAGUCCGGAAAUUCUUCUCCGCAUCUCCAACUACAGCUUUCCGAGUGACCUGUGGGCUGUUGGUGCCGUCAUGGCUGAAGUUGUCUGCCGUGGAGAGCCUCUGUUUCCCGGCGACGACGAACGUGAUCAACUGGCUCGUAUUAUCGCUUUACGCGGACACCCUGCCAUGGUCGGGUGGCAACUUGGUGAAAUCACAAUGAAUGAACGUCAUAUUCGACUUCCAAAAACUACUCCAUCGUCUUUGCGAAGCGUUGUUCCGCUAGCCAGCCUCCCCGUGUUGCAGUUGAUCUCUGAUCUGCUGGAGAUGGAUCCUGCCCGUCGCCCAUCUGCGUCAGAAGCUCUUGGUUACCCACUCUUUGUUUCCCAUCGCCCGGAGAACUACAUUCGUUUGCCCUCUGGCAAACGACAAAGGCUUGACGGAGAGGGCCUGGACACAGCUCGGACGAGGGAUUACCCAUCUAGCCGAUGGACAGCAGGUAGCCAGAACGAGGACGAGAUUCUUAGACAGGGUUCAGAAUCAAAACGCGUGCGUGUGAAAGCUCUCCUGCCUCCAAAAGACACUGUGAAACCUCAUAUGCACGCCCCUAGAAGUCCACAAUACAAUGAAAAGGUUUUCAAUAUUCCUUCACUGUUGGAUAAUGGCGAUAACUGGUCUGAUAGCACGAUCUGUCAUCAAUUAGGGAGAAGAAGUCGAGCAGGCAAGUUUGAUCUCGGCAUCUAA